UAAUCGUAAAAACAGUGAAGUUGUAUCUUGAGCGUUUCUUUAGUGUUACAUCUAUUAUUUAUUAUUCUUUCUAAUUUCACUUGCAAUGUACAGACGACAGAUAAAUUUAAUAUAUGUUGAGUGAUAAUGUGAUAUGAUUUAACUUUGGAAAUGGAGACAAAUGCAAAUGUGAAGGUGUCCUGUAUUGUGAACUACACAUAUGAUGCAUCAGAACCCGAUGAGCUGACUAUCAGACCAGGUGAUGUUCUCCGAGAUGUGGAGAGACUGCCGGGAGGCUGGUGGCGAGGGGAACUGCGUGGCCGUCGGGGCAUGUUCCCUGACAAUUUUGUAUCAGUGCUUGCUGAACAAACCACUGCAAGGUCUGGUGGCGUCCAAGGUCGCUGCCGGGCGGUGUUCAGCUACCAGCCUGCAAAUCCGGACGAAUUGCCAUUGUGUGUGGGAGAUGUGCUCGAAGUACUUGGAGAGGUAGAGGAAGGAUGGUGGCAGGGCCGGCGGCAGGGCCGUGUCGGCGUGUUUCCCUCAAACUUUGUAGUAAUGUUGGAUCCUCCACAACCGGCUCCACCUUUUGAACCUGCGCCUGCGCUCCCACCCAAACCAGUGAAGGAGUUAUGCCGCGUAUUAUUUCCAUACACCGCCGUGAACGAGGACGAGCUGACGCUAGCCGAGGGUGAUAUAGUGACCGUCGUAUCGAAGGAAGCGCCGGACCGCGGCUGGUGGCGUGGCGAGCUCCACGGACGCGUCGGCCUGUUCCCUGAUAACUUCGUGCAGCUGUUACCUUCAGUAGCGUUAGAACCUGAAGACAAAAAGCCGGAUAGGCCGCCUUCAAAGACACCCACUAUAUAUCCCAUUCUCAACAAGUACUCAGAAAAAACCGCAUCCGUCAAAGAACUAACUACGUCUAGGAUAAGUUUGCACAAGGACAACAUAACUAAUAAAGAAAGUAGUACGCAGAGUACAAUUACACACACAAACAAGAAUGAGUCAGAAAAAGUGAUUCACAGUGAGACUACCACAGAUGGACCGCUAGAUGGACAAAUUAAAAAACCCCCCGUGCCGACGAAGAAAAGCCCCACGAUGUCAUCCGGUGUCGGCGGUUUGCUCAGCGGGCUUAAAAGCAAAAUGUUGUCGUCGACUGAUAAAGAGAAGUCAUCGUCGACGACGGUGAGCAGUGGUAGCAGCAGCGGCGGCGAGUGGGACCGGCCCGACGGUGGCGGCUCUAGCAAGCCAGUUGCAAACAAUACCAACACAUUCGACCACGUCGAGCGGAACUCCAUACUCAACGAUCCACGUGCUAGCAGAGUGAAAGCUCCACGUCGCAGGCCGCCCAGUCAGGGAUUCCGUGAUGAGUCGCCACAGCAAAUAGGGCUCAGUAAUGGGCAUGAAGCCUCGCCAGCUGAAAAGCCUCCGCCUGAGAAGACGGAAGAAAUAAAACCUCGUACGCGUGAGUGGGAGAAGCACAGGGCGCCGUGGAUGGAGGAGUUGAAGCUGAAUCAGGCCAAGAAGACCAGCCUCGGGUCCGACGGCAAGCCGCGCGCCGCGCUCGGCAGCACUGACAGAAUUUUGGACGUUGGUCUUGAUGAAAAAAGAACAUCAAGUCAUUCUAUGGAAAUGUCGAAGAGCACAUCAUCCAUUAGCAGCCGAAUGUCCGUCUUAGAGAGUUUUGAAGAGACAAAAGUGCGUAAUUCAUUAGACUCCAAGAAAGACGUCACUCCAGUAGCUCGUGAACGCGAAGAGCCCGCCAGCAAGCCUACAGUACAAUCGCCAACCGCCGCAGGUCGGACAUUAGCAAGUAUGCUGGAUGAGAUUAAAAAGCCCCCAGCGCCCCACCCACCUUCAGCCACAGCGCGAACAACCGAACCGACCCCACCCGCAGACAAGCCAAACGCCAAAUUAGAAAAGACUGCCAGUAGCAUUGAAAAGCAUAGUGAACUCAACACAAUCACUAAAACAGGAAUGUUCGAGAAAAUAUCAAAUACAACCGAAAUCAUAGAGAAACUUGAAGACAAAGUGUCGGAGAAGCCGUCGAGUUUGUUUAGCGGCGACAGGAGCGUGUCGACAACUCUAGAGAGGCUCAAACCGGUGAAAACAGACAAACCUGAGGGUACAGAUGCGUUGGUCGCGCAGCUCAACACCAGAAUAUCAAAGUUGGAGAAGAUUAUUGAAGAUCAGAAUACAACAUUCAAAGCUGCUAUCGACGAACUCAAUAGUAAGUUGAAGAUAGAAACCGAGAAGCGGCAGGCCUUGCAGGCUGAGAUUGAAAAGCUAGCGCAGUGUGUUACACAAGUUUAGCCUUUAUUCCAUGUGCCACUCAAGUCAAUUCGCCGUGGCCGUACAACGUGGAGAGAAUUUUCGAGUUACGUUCAUUACUAGUUAGCGAAAAUGUAUAACUAUUAGAACCCCUCGGGAAAUUUUCGAGUUUCUUGACCGUUUUAUCGAGAUAUAUUUAUACAUUGCUUGUGUAAUGAAAGCUUUAUCGGAUAUAUUUUAUUUUGUAAUACAAUUUUUAUAAACUUUUGUGAUGCAUCAUUAAUGUUAGCAUAUAAUUUAUGCUGUAUAUAUUUAUCGUUUCGUUACGGAGACGAUCCGAGAGUGGAUCGCUCGAAUCUAUUGUACUUACGCGAUCGUCAUGUUUUUAAAUUGACGUAAAUUGUACCUUCGAGGGAAAUUUUUUUCUAAUUGCAUUUUUUAGCUCUAUAUUUAAUCGAGCGCCAUACUAGUGUAAAAUAUAAUGUCAUUUGGGAAAAGAUGAUGAUACAUUGUUAUAAAACAAUGUAAUUAGAAUGUGUGCUGUAAUUGCGUGAGAUUCGUUCGUCACAACGUAAAUGAAAUGCGUACAUGAGAUUAUAUUAAUAUAAGGUAGGAAAAAAAUAAUUAAGCGUAUUAACAAGAUAUAGGGCAUCAGCAAUAGUUCAAAAUGCAGCUAUAUAACCCCAAAAAAUCAGUGCGUAAUGGCAACUUAAUAAAGUUAAAUAGUUUGCAUUAAAAAGAUAAAACUAAAUUGAACUUCGAAUAAUGUAAAUUGUAACUCGACAAGCUCUUUUUUAUUAUUUAAAUGUGAUCGCUAUACGGAAUUUAACUUUUAUAUAAUAUUAACAAUGUAAUACCUUGUCUUUUUUUUUUUGUAUAAAUGUUUAAAGUACUAGUAUUCAAUGUUCUUUAAAGUUGUUUAUAUAUAUAUCGAUAAAACUAUUAAAGGUUGUGGUACAAAAACAUGACAACGGUAUAUUGUCAUUGUAUAUUUUGUUCUCUUUAUGUAAUACUGAUGAAUGCAAGAGCGCAGUAAAUUUUAUGUGUCUCAAAUCUAAAAUAAUGCCUAAUUGGUUAAGUUUUGUAGGUUAGACUUGCGUCGUUUAAUCAUUGUGUACGAUAACAAAAUUUGUGCCAUUUUAAUUUCAUUGCACAUUAUUUGUAUAUUGAAUACAAAUUGUACUUUAUGUAAAGAAUAUAAGGUCUAAAUUAGAUUACAUUGAAUAUUGUGAUUAACACAUUCCAUAUACACAAGAUUGUAGCAAUGUAUGCCAAUAUUAAUAUAUGUAAAAUCAUUUUAUUGGAAGUGAACUAAUAUAUAACCAAAGCUUCAUUUAGCGGGGUGUAUGGUAACUAUAGUACCUCCUUUGUAUAUUUAUUGAGCAAAGGCCAUAUUUUACCUACAAUUAAUAUAUUUUUAUAUUUGUACAGACAUUAUUUAAAUUGUUAUUUAGAUGACACUGUACCUUUUUUAAUACAUAUCUCUUGUAUUUAUUUUUAUUGAAUCAAAGUACCACCUUUGUAAUAUAAGAUAUAUCCAAAAUAUAACUAAUGUAUGAAUUCACAAAAUAUUUUAUAACCAGAAAUCAGGUUGUGUUUUGCCAUCCAAUGUGUUUUGCAGCUGUGUAUUAUUGUUUUAUUGGGGAACUGAUUAAUAUAAUGGUGAUAUAAAAAUAAUUUUAUUCUACACAACUCGUAGAUUUAGGUUACGAUGUGAUAGACGUUGCCUAACUUAUACAUUUUGAAUUUUAUUAUGCACAAAUAAGGUCACACAAUGUUAUUGUAACAUGCCACUUAAAUUGUAAGUUAAAAAUAUGAAGUACCUAAUCGGUUUUGAUAAUAUAAACGAUUGGCACUAACUUAGAUUGUAUGUGGAUUGUCCGACAUUUGUAACGUAGAAUCACAAGUAUUUUCAUGAAAUUUCAACCUUUGUAAUAAGUAUUAAUUUAAUAUUAUAAAUGACAUAAUUUUUUUUAUAUUCCAGUAAAUCGCAUAAUUUCAUUUUAUAAAUAAUAUUUAUAGUACCAAUAUUAUUUGGCGGCCUAUCCCGUAGUGACUAAUUAUAAGAAAACAUAUAAUUAAAAUGAGCCUCUUUCUUUGUCUGGUCCUUGAGGUUGUGGUCUAACAGGCUUGGUCCUGGUAGAUUAAAUAUUAUAUUUGGUUAUUUGUUUCCUUAUUUUCAUUGCGGAUAGGGCUUUAGAUAUUAUACUCAUGUUAGAUUUAAAGGUAACAUUUCAUUAUGCGUACAAAUGGAUAGGAAAUAGUGUGAGAAUUGAAUAUUCAUACCAUUGUGCUUCAAUCAUCAGGUGUUCCUACUAAAACUCUCGUUUCUAUUUAUAUUAAUUGUAACUGUGACAUUUGCUAUGUUAAAUUGUGCAACGAAUGAAAUUUGAUAAUACAUAAAAUGUUUAUUAAAGUAAACGCCACAAGCAAAAGGAAUUUUACGGUUACAUUAUUUCUACCCAACUGUAUAACACUUCAUGUUGUUAAAGUUUGUAGACUUUAAGAAUAUUUUUCUUGUUUGCACAUUAAAAAAAAUUAAAAUAAAAUUAAAAAAGCCCACUUCGACUGAGAAGUUAACCAACAAAUGUAUCUCUGCUGGGUAGCGUUUGGAAAACUACGCCACAUCUCAUUUGAAAGUACCUCCGUACCUCAUAGUUUGACCAAGGUAUACCAAGGUAAACCAGUGUAUGUUGCCGGUGAUGAUUUAUGGGACCGAAACAUUGUCCUGUUGGUUAUAUGGUAAAAGCUUCAAGUUAGUGAACAAGCUAUGAAUAGGGCUAUACUCGGAGUUUCUUUGCAGGACAGAAUUCGCAAUGAGGUUAUACACAAAAAUCAAAGUGACCAACAUAGUCCGAAGCAAACUGAAGUGACGAUAGGCCGGUAACAUAGCUCAAGGACCGAUAACCGAUGGGGAAGAAAGGUUCUUGAGGGGCAAACGUAGUGUAGCAUGAGCCGUCACUAGAUAGAGUGAUGACUUCAAAUGCAUUGCAGAGAGUUUGUGGAAUGCAAGUGGCUCAAGAUCAUUUCUUUUGGUAGUCUAUGGGUAGGUCUAUGUUCAACAGUGGACAGAUAACGGCAGAUAUAUGAUGAUGAUGAUGAUGAUGAUGAUGACAUUAAAAAAAAUUGUUUUUUUUUCAUGUAUCGUAAUGAUAACUUGUCUACUGGUAGAUUUAUUUGCCUGGUGCCUGUAAUAAGUUAAUGAUGUAAUGAAUAAUAAUGUAUAAUGUCUGGUGAAUUUACUCACCUCUUCCUAUACGACGAAACCAAAUUUCAUGUCUAUAUACUAAUAUUAUGCCAUUUUGUUCAUGUUUAAACGCGGCAGUUACCACUUUCUAUCAGAUGGGCCAUCAGCUUGUUUGCCACACUUUGU